GAAAAGGGCAUAAAUUAUAUUUAGAGUUAUCUUGAUACAAUGCAAUAAUAACAACAACGUUAGUAAACUAAAUAUGGCGGACCAGACUGCCCGUCAGCUGCAGUAUGAAUAUAAAGCGAAUUCCAACCUUGUCUUGCAAGCUGAUGUCCGGCUCAUUGAGCGGCGUAGCAAGGAUGAAGCAACAGGUGAAGUCAUGUCCCUCUCAGGGAAGCUGGAGGGAACACGAAUGGGGGAUCGAUAUCAACGUACCAAGCCACAACAACCUAAGGAGGAACAGCGCAAGUCCAAGAAGCAGAAACGUGAAGAUGCCCCAUCCAUUGCAGUAAAAAGUAUGAGUAUUCUAGAACUUGAUGAUAUGGCAGACAUAUUUUAUCGUCCCAAGAGCACAGACACGAAACAGACAUAUGAAGUUAUUUUAUCUUUCAUCCAGGAAGCAUUAGGUGACCAACCUCGUGAUGUAUUAUGUGGUGCUGCUGAUGAAGUUCUUGCAGUACUAAAAAAUGACAAACUUAAAGAUCGUGAGCGUAAGAAAGAAACUGAAGAAUUGUUAGGUAGCCUUGCUGAAGAAAGGUUUGCUGUGCUGGUCAAUUUAGGGAAAAAAAUUACUGAUUUUGGUCAUGAAACAAAAACAGUUGCUAGUGAAGCAGUCUUAGAUGAAACUCAUGGAGUUAAUGUGCAGUUUGAAGAUUCUGAAGAGGAAGAGGAAGAUGAGGUAGCUGGUGAAGUUGGUGAUGAGGAGGAAGAUGAAGGGGAAAAUGAAGAGGGGAUGGUUGGGUCACAUGCCAUUCAUGCUGAGAAUCUUACAGGUGGUGAGCAGGUUGGAGCAAAGAAGGAAAGAGUACUUAGUCCACAUGAUAUUGGUGCACAUUGGCUUCAACGAGAACUAAACAGAUUUUAUAAUGAUCCCAUACAGGCUCAGACUAAAUCAAGUGAUGUACUUGAAAUUUUAAAAUCUGCCAAAGAUGAUAGAGAAUGUGAAAAUAAACUUGUUCUCAAUCUUGGAUAUGAUAAAUUUGAAUUCAUUAAAGUUCUUAAUAAAAAUCGUCAAAUGGUCCUGUAUUGUACACUUUUGGCUUCGGCACAAUCAGAAUCAGAAAAGGAAGACAUACGGCGAGUUAUGUUAGCAGAGUCGAACUUAAAGCGAAUACUUGCCCUUCUAGAAAAUGAGGAAGAAGCAAUGGAUGUGACUAAAGAUGGAGAAGAAAUAGGAGGGUCACGUCCUAGGAGGAUAAACACGGAAGCUAUGGAGGUUGAUGAUAAAUCAGGUCAAGUCCCAGGUCAUAGAGAAUUUAUAGAUUUAGAAAGCCUUGUGUUUACUACUGGGUCACACUACAAUUCUAACAAGAAAUGCCAUCUUCCUGAAGGUUCAACAAGACAGAUGAAAAAAGGGUAUGAUGAAAUCCAUGUACCUGCUCUAAAACCAAAACCUUUUGCUCCAGAUGAAACUCUGGUUCCUAUUGCCAACUUGCCUGCUUAUACUCAACCUGCAUUUGAUGGUUUCAAGAACCUUAAUCGUAUUCAAAGUAAAUUGCACAAAGCAGCCAUGGACAGUGAUGAAAAUUUGCUUCUCUGUGCACCUACUGGUGCAGGCAAAACAAAUGUGGCAUUGCUAACCAUUCUUAGAGAAAUUGGUAAAAAUACUAAUCCAGAUGGUACCAUAAAUUCAGAGGCUUUUAAAAUCAUCUAUGUAGCCCCCAUGCGCUCACUUGUUACAGAAAUGACGCAGAAUUUUUCAAAAAGGCUGGAACCUUACGGCCUUAAAGUCAGUGAACUAACUGGAGAUCAUCAGUUGACGAGGGAGCAAAUUAUGGAGACCCAGGUUAUAGUUUGUACUCCAGAGAAAUGGGAUGUCAUUACUAGACGUGGUGGAGAAAGGUCAUACACUCAGCUCGUACGACUAAUCAUCUUUGAUGAAAUCCAUCUUCUUCAUGAUGAGCGUGGGCCAGUUUUGGAGGCACUGGUAGCCAGAACUCUACGUAAUGCUGAGACAACUGGGGAUGCUGUCAGACUGGUAGGAUUGUCUGCUACUUUACCAAACUAUGAAGACGUUGCAGCUUUUCUAAGGGUCAGCCUUAAAACAGGACUCUUCUUCUUUGACAAUAGUUUUAGACCAGUACCUCUGGCUCAGCAGUACAUUGGAAUCACAGAAAAGAAAGCAAUUAAGCGUUAUCAAGUUAUGAAUGAUAUUUUGUAUGAGAAAGUGAUGGAGCAUGCUGGAAAAAAUCAGAUCCUGAUAUUUGUUCAUUCACGGAAAGAAACUGCUAAGACUGCAAAAGCCAUCCUAGAUAUGUGCCUAGAAAAGGAUACUCUUGGAAAUUUCCUAAGAGAGGGCUCUGCUUCAACAGAAGUGUUGCGAACUGAGGCUGAUCAAGUGAAGAACAAUGAUCUCAAAGGACUACUUCCAUAUGGCUUUGCUGUGCAUCAUGCUGGAAUGAAUCGAGUUGAUCGAAAUUUAGUAGAAGACUUGUUUGCUGAUCGUCACAUUCAAGUUUUAGUGUCCACAGCUACAUUGGCUUGGGGUGUUAACCUUCCUGCCCACACAGUUGUGAUUAAAGGUACUCAAGUAUAUGAUGCAAGCAAAGGUCGUUGGGUGGAACUUGGAGCCUUGGAUGUUCUUCAAAUGCUAGGUCGUGCUGGCAGACCACAAUAUGAUACUAAGGGUGAGGGCAUUCUUAUUACAAAUCAUUCUGAGCUUCAGUAUUAUCUAUCUCUUAUGAACCAGCAAUUGCCAAUUGAGUCUCAGCUUAUUAACAAGCUACCAGACCUUCUUAAUGCUGAGAUUGUCCUUGGCUCUGUCCAAAGUGUACGUGAAGCUGUCAACUGGCUGGGCUAUACAUACUUGUAUGUGCGCAUGAUUAGAGCUGGUAAUCUCUAUGCUGUUCAGGCUGAUAGUUCAGAUAAAUAUCUUCAGCAGCACCGAGCAAAUCUUAUACAUUCUGCGGCUUUGAAACUGGAGAAGAGCAAUUUGAUAAAAUAUGACAAAAAAUCAGGAAAUUUUCAAGUCACAGAAUUGGGUCGCAUUGCCAGUUAUUUCUAUGUUACUUGUGAGACAAUGAAUGUUUACAAUCAACAAUUGAAGCCUACUUUAAGUGAAAUUGAACUUUUCCGUGUCUUCUCGCAAAGUUCUGAAUUUAAAAAUAUUAUGGUAAGAGAAGAAGAAAAAUUAGAAUUGAAGAAGCUCAUGGAACGUGUCCCAAUUCCUAUAAAAGAAAGUGUGGAAGAACCUAGUGCGAAGGUUAACAUUCUUUUGCAAGCUUAUAUCUCUCAAUUAAAAUUAGAUGGAUUUGCUCUCAUGUCAGACAUGGUAUAUGUGACUCAGAGUGCAGGACGAUUGAUGAGAGCAAUGUUUGAGAUAGUCCUUCAUCGUGGGUGGGCACAGUUGGCAGAUAAAACUUUGAACUUGUGCAAAAUGGUUGAUAAAAGGAUGUGGCAGUCAAUGUCUCCUUUGAGACAAUUUAGAAAAAUUCCUGAAGAAGCUAUUCGUAAACUUGAGAAGAAAAGCAUUCCCUGGGAGCGUCUUUAUGAUCUGGGCCCAAAUGAGAUCGGAGAACUAAUUCGUAUGCCCAAAGGUGGAAAGAUGAUUCAUAAAUAUAUCCACCAGUUGCCUAAACUUGACUUGGAAACCCACAUUCAACCUAUUACACGUCAAAUGCUUAAAGUAGAGCUCACUAUCACACCAGAUUUUAAGUGGGAUGAAAAGGUUCAUGGUCGCUCAGAAGCUUUUUGGAUAAUGGUUGAAGAUGUUGAUGCUGAAAAUAUUCUUCAUCAUGAAUACUUUCUGUUGAAACAAAAGUUUGCAGAAGAUGAGCAUGUAGUCAAAUUCUUUGUUCCUGUAUUUGAGCCUCUCCACCCACAUUACUUCAUACGUAUUACAUCAGACAAAUGGCUCUCGGCAGAAACUCAGUUACCUGUAUCAUUCCGUCAUCUCAUACUUCCAGAGAAGUAUCCACCUCCCACUGAACUUCUUGAUUUGCAGCCAUUGCCCAUUACUGCUUUAAGAAACCCACAGUAUGAAACACUUUACAAAACACUAAACAAAUAUCAGCAGUUCAACCCUAUUCAAACUCAAGUAUUCAAUGCUACAUAUAAUUCUGAUGACAGUGUAUUCAUUGCAGCCCCAACUGGUUCAGGUAAAACCCUCUGUGCUGAGUUUGCUAUUUUGCGUACUUUCGGCCAGGAUGAAUCUGCAAGAUGUGUGUAUGUAGCAUCCAAAGACGAGAUUGUUGAGAGUAUGUAUGAACACUGGCAAGAAAAAUUCAGCAACUUGGACAAGAGAGUUGUACUUCUGACUGGUGAGACUGGGGCUGACUUAAAACUCUUAAAUAGGGCAAACAUUGUUGUUAGUACAGCUGAAAAAUGGGAUGUGCUAUCAAGACGUUGGAAACAGAGGAAGAAUGUACAGAACAUCAAUCUCUUUAUAGUUGAUGAACUGCAAUUAAUGGGUGGCUCAGAUGGACCUACACUGGAGGUAGUUUGCUCUCGUAUCCGUUACAUUGCAUCUAAGAUCAGUAGACACAUUCGUAUAGUAGCCCUGAGCUCCUCCUUGGCAAAUGCUAGAGAUGUAGCUCAAUGGCUUGGAUGUUCCUCUAACUAUACUUUCAAUUUUCAUCCAAAUGUUAGGCCCUUACCACUUGAGUUACAUAUUCAGGGCUUCAAUAAUCCACACAAUGCAUCUAGGAUUUAUGCUAUGGCUAAACCUGCUUACCUUGCUAUUCUGAAGCACAGUCCCCGUAAGCCUGCCAUGGUGUUUGUGCCAUCUCGAAAGCAAAGUAUGAUUACAGCUAGUGACCUUCUCACUUUUGCUGCUGCUGAUAAAGAACCACAAAGAUUCUUACAGGUGAAUCCAGAAGAGAUGGCAGAGUUCCUUCCCCAAAUUGGUGAUGAAAUGUUGAGAGAACUGGUUAGUCAGGGUGUUGGGUAUCUUCACGAAGGCCUCAGUGCACGUGACCGGCGGAUGGUGGAGAGAUUGUUUGAGGCAGAGGCAAUUCAAGUGGUAGUUGUGAGUCGUGCCUUGUGUUGGGCGGUAACUGCACCUGCACAUUUGGUCAUUAUCACUGAUACUCAGAGUUACAAUGGCCGUCUGCACAACUAUGAGGAUUAUCCAAUUACUGAUACCUUACAAAUGGUUGGCCGUGCUAAUCGACCAAAUGAAGAUGAUGAGGCAAAGUGUGUACUAAUGUGUCAUUCUUCCAAGAAGGACUACUUUAAGAAAUUCCUUUAUGAGCCACUACCCAUUGAAAGCCAUCUUGACCAUGCACUUCACGAUCACUUCAAUGCUGAAAUUGUAACACGUACCAUUGAAAACAAACAGGAGGCAGUAGACUAUGUAACAUGGACAUUCCUUUACCGCCGUAUGACUCAGAAUCCCAACUACUAUGGCCUUCAGGGAGUCUCACAUCGACACUUAUCUGAUCACCUUUCUGAUUUAGUAGAAAACACCCUACAUGACCUUGAAGAGUCUCGCUGUAUCACCAUUGAAGAUGACAUGGACACAGCUCCACUCAAUUUAGGCAUUAUUGCUUCAUAUUACUACAUCAACUAUACUACCAUAGAAUUGUUUAACAAGUCUUUAAAUAGUAAGACAAAGAUUCGAGGUCUGCUGGAAAUCAUCUCCAGUGCAGCAGAAUAUGAAAAUGUUCCUAUUCGUCAUGGUGAAGAGGACACAUUGAGACGUCUUGUACAAAAGGUUCCUAACAAACCUGAGGGAAAAGUAUCAGAUCCCCACACAAAAACCAACCUUAUGUUACAGGCUCAUCUGUCACGUCUCACUCUUAGUGCAGAAUUGCAACAGGAUACAGAACUUGUUCUUGGUCGUGCCUUGAGGCUAAUACAGGCAUGUGUUGAUGUGUUAUCUUCCAAUGGAUGGCUGGCACCUGCUUUGUCUGCUAUGACUUUAGCUCAGAUGGUGACUCAGGCUAUGUGGUCAAAAGAUUCUUACUUGAAACAGUUGCCUCAUUUUACAAGUGAAAUGAUAGAACGUUGUGAAGCUAAAGAUGUAACAUCAGUGUUUGAUAUUCUAGAGCUUGAGGAUGAUGAUCGUAACCGUUUACUACAGUUAUCUGAUGCUCAGAUGACGGAUGUGGCUCGUUUCUGUAAUCGCUAUCCUAGCAUUAAUUUAGAUUAUGAAGUGAUUGAUUCAGAUUCUAUUACCAGUGGGUCAAUGGUGAAUGUAGAAGUGGUACUUGAGCGUGAGGAUGAGCCUGGACCAGUUAUUGCUCCUCUGUUCCCACACAAGCGAGAAGAGGGUUGGUGGGUUAUUAUUGGUGAUCCCAAACCAAACUCCCUCAUCUCCAUCAAGCGUCUCACCCUUCAGCAAAAAGCCAAGGUGAAGUUGGAUUUUGUAGCACCUAGUGAAGGUUCUUAUGAGUAUAGGCUAUAUUUCAUGAGUGAUGCUUACAUGGGUUGUGACCAGGAAUAUAAAGUGCCCUUGAGAGUGAGAGAAGCAGAGUCAGAGUCAGAGUCAGAGAGUGAUUAGAAGCUUAAAUAUGCUCUUUUAUGCAGUAUACAGUACUAUUUUUAUAAAUAUUUGAGUAUCAUAUAGGAAACUUUGGUUGCUCCUAUAUCAGCUUGAAUACACCAUAUAAGGAAAAUUCAUAGGAAAGUGUAUUUUAUUGAUUUAAAAAAUUUAAAUCCGUCAGUAAAUAAUUUUACUUCUUAUAACACAAAUUUAAUUUUGCGCGGUUGGAGAAGGCCGACUUGUUAAAAAAAAAAUAUUUAGCAUAUACAGUAUUCUGUAUUAAAAAUUAGAAAAGUUCUUAUUGAUAGUGCUCAUGCAAGGUGAGAAAACAUUGACUAAAAGAAAAUUAUUAACUGUAUCUUAAUUUGUGGUGUUUAAAAGUUGAAUGAGAGUUAUGCAUAGAAUAGAUAAAGGUUUUUCAGAUAAUGUAUAUGAAAAAGUACUCUACAGAAAUGUACUACAUUGAUAAAUCAGUUUAAUUUCCACUUAUUAUAACUGAAGUUCUUGUAUUGUGGAUUGCAUUCCUCUUUUAUAUAUAUAUAUAUAUAUAUA